UGCCCUGCGUGGCGAACCCGCCUCAGCGUUACAGUAAUAGUUGCCCCUUUUGUUCAACCGAUUUCCAUAAUUAUUGUUUGCACCAUUAAAUUAUCUGGGUGUUACACUGUUCCAAACAACAUUUCAAUGUACCUACGCUUUCUACGGUCACGUCUGGGAUCAGCUAAUGAAUUAAAAUCGAUCUACGAGCCUCCUGAGCUGCUCUGAGAUGUCCGAAGCACGCAGUGUUUCUUGAGGAACGUGGAGUAAUGUAAAGUUGAACACUACAGAGGUUGUCGGCACAAUGGGGCUGGAUUUUGAUGUAAAGACGUUCUGUCACAAUCUGCGGGCCACCAAGCCUCCCUACGAGUGCCCCGUGGAGACCUGCCGGAAAGUUUACAAGAGCUACAGCGGCAUCGAGUAUCACCUCUACCACUACGACCACGACAACCCGACUCCUGCGCAGGCUUUGCCCAAUAAGAAGAGGAAGGGCCGACCCCCCCGCGCCUCACUGGCUGCUUCAGGGGAUACAGAUGACGGCGGAGGCAAUGGAGGAGGAGGACAGAGUCUGGAACGGAACACAUCGGGUAGCCCCAACCGGUCGGAGCGCUCCCACUCCCCUGGGAGAGACACCAUGACCUAUGCCCAGGCACAGCGCAUGGUGGAGCUGGAAAUCCAGGGACGUGUUCACCGCAUAAGCAUCUUCGAGAACAUUGAUGUGGUGUCGGAGGAGGACAGCGACGCAGAGGAUGUGCCGCCAUCUGGAGCCGGUAGCUGCGGAGGAGGCGUGUGUAACGGCAGCGACAGUGGAACUAGAGGCAGCGAGGUGGAAGGAAGCGGUAAGGAUCGAUCAGAUAUUCUGUCCUCUAAUGGUGGCAAAGCCACGCCAAAAACUGGGAAGCAUAAGAGUAAGGAUAAGAAGAAGGACGGCUCAUCAUAUCACAACCCUCAGUCUGGUCUUGCGAUCAAACUCCCAGAGGCUGUGUUUCGAGAACUUGAUCAAGAAAGACCUGAUGCUCCUCCUCGGACUUUAUCCUACUACAGGUACAUUGAGAAGUCGGUGGAGGAGCUGGAUGAGGAGGUAGAGUACGACAUGGAUGAGGAGGACUACAUCUGGCUUGGCAUCAUGAACGACAAGCGGCGACGUGACGGCGUGACGCCCAUCCCUCAGGAGGUUUUUGAGUAUCUCAUGGACCGCUUAGAGAAGGAGUCAUACUUUGAGAGCCACAAUAAGGCGGACCCCAGCACCUUGAUCGACGAGGACGCCGUUUGCUGCAUCUGUAAUGACGGAGAGUGUCAGAACAGCAACGUGAUCCUGUUUUGUGACAUGUGCAAUCUGGCCGUACACCAAGAGUGCUAUGGUGUGCCGUACAUCCCCGAGGGUCAGUGGUUAUGUCGGCGCUGCCUGCAGUCGCCGAGCAGAGCCGUGGACUGCGCUCUGUGUCCGAACAAGGGAGGGGCUUUCAAACAGACAGACGACGGGCGCUGGGCUCAUGUCGUCUGCGCCCUUUGGAUCCCAGAGGUUUGUUUUGCCAACACCGUCUUUCUGGAGCCGAUCGACAGUAUCGAGCACAUCCCUCCCGCACGCUGGAAGCUCACCUGCUACAUCUGCAAACAGCGUGGCUCGGGCGCCUGCAUCCAGUGCCACAAAGCGAACUGCUACACGGCGUUCCACGUCACCUGCGCCCAGCAGGCAGGCCUCUACAUGAAAAUGGAGCCCGUCAGGGAAACGGGGGCCAACGGCACGUCCUUCAGCGUCCGCAAAACGGCGUACUGCGACAUCCACACGCCCCCGGGAUCAGCCCGACCUUUAGGAGGAGUGGGCGGGGCCAGCAUGGGGUCGUCUAACAGUGAAGGGGAGCUGGAGGAGGACGACGAGCCCAGCCUCGGCCAGGACGAAGACUCAAAGGGAUGGAGCUCUGAGCGGGCGAAGAGGGCGAAGGCAAAGUCCCGGCUAAAGAUGAAGAGAGCGAGGAAGAUCUUAGCCGAGAGGCGAGCCGCUGCACCAGUGGUGUCUGUGCCCUGCAUACCGCCUCACAGGCUCAGCAAAAUCACAAGUAACUUGACCGUACCCAGAAAGAGCCAGUUUAUGCAAAGACUUCACAGCUACUGGACGCUGAAGAGGCAGAGUCGUAACGGCGUUCCCCUCCUGCGCCGGCUUCAAACCCACCUGCCGUCACAGCGGCACGUCGACCCCAUUCCUCCACAGCCGUCCUCGCAGCCUCCUUCAAGGGACAGCGAGGAGAAACAAUCUGCUUUAAAGGAGCAGCUAAAGGCCUGGCAAAGACUGAGACACGACCUGGAGCGAGCGAGGCUGCUGGUGGAGCUGAUCCGCAAGAGGGAGAAACUCAAGAGGGAGACGAUUAAAAUGCAGCAGAUGGUGCUAGAGUUGCAGCUGACCCCUUUAUUGGUGCUUCUGAGGAGUACGUUGGAGCAGUUACAGGAAAGAGACACAAACAACUUUUUCACUGAGCCUGUACCUUUAGAAGAGGUCCCGGACUACCUGGAGCACAUCGACACUCCGAUGGACUUCCAGACCAUGUGGAACCUGCUGGAGUCUCACCGCUACCUCACUUUUGAGGCCUUCGAGGCCGACUUCGGUCUCAUCGUCAACAACUGCCUGAAGUACAACGCCAAGGACACUGUGUUUUACCGUGCUGCCCUGCGGCUCAGAGAGAUGGGCGGGGCGGUCCUCAGGGUGGCGCGGCGCCAGGCCGAACGGAUCGGCUUCGACUAUGAGACCGGCAUGCACCUCCAUCGCGAGUCCAGCCCCGAAAGCCAGCGUGAGCAGGAGAGAGAGAGGGAGCGGGAGAGGGAACAAGACCGGGACAGGGAACGAGACCGGCCGUCGUCCUCGAACGAAGAUGACCUGCUCUUGCCAGAGAACAGGCGGCGGCUGCCUCUGGACGAGCAGCUGCAUUACCUGCAGGCACGCCUGGACGAGGUGAACUCGGGGAAGCCCAGCAUCGGUCAAUCUCGCAGAGCCAAAGCCCUGAGGAAGGAGAUCAGCGUGAUCAGGAGGAAGCUCGCCCACCAGCGGGACGGAGGCUCCAUCAUCGGGGGCCGGGAUUCUGCGGGAGAACGGGGCUCUUCUCUCCCGCAUCACUCCUCAUCCACAGGACACCACGAUGAGGGCGGCGAGAGCAGCAGCCAGGAGAUCGGUGGGAAAGUUUCAGAGGUGGGCCGUCGGACGUCUGUCCUUUUCUCAAAGAAGAACCCGAAGAUGGCCGGUCCUCCCAAAAGGCCGGGACGCCCACCUAAGAAUCGAGAUGCUGGCUACGCUGGGGCAGGGGUGAGCCAAAGCCCCAUUGGUCCCCCGCAGCUGCCCCUGCUGUCACCAAGCAGGCAGAGGAAGAGGCCCCGCAGCCCCCACACCAGCUCCAGCUCUGACAGCGACAGCGACAACGACCUGCUGCCAGGUUUACCAAGCAACGGUUUUGGUACAGGAAACCAGCCUGUAACCGAAAGCUUCCGGGUGUACAGAAACGAGCCCCGUCUGCCUCGCUCGAGCUCAGACUCCGAGUCCACGACCAGCAGCAGCAGCAGCGCAGCUUCAGACAGAACCAGCACAACGCCUUCCAAGCAGGGCAGAGGAAAGGCUUCGUUCUCUCGCUCCACCUUCCAUGAAGACAGCAGCGAGGAAACGUCAGGCACAGAAAAUGACUCCUACUCUGUCGGAGGAUCGCGGAGUGUUUCACACUUGGUGCGUGGCCGGGACAGGUCGGGAUGCUGGAUGACAUCAGACGAUUAUUCCUCCCUGGAGGCUCUGGACCUGGUGUGGGCCAAGUGCAGAGGUUACCCUUCGUACCCUGCCCUGAUCAUUGACCCAAAGAUGCCCAGGGAGGGGGUGUUCCACCGCGGCGUCCCCAUCCCGGUUCCUCCCUUGGAUGUGCUGAAACUUGGAGAGCAAAUGACCCAGGAGGCCAGGGAGCACCUGUUCCUCGUCCUCUUCUUUGACAACAAGAGAACUUGGCAGUGGCUGCCCCGCUCUAAGCUGGUGCCGCUCGGCGUGGACCAGGAGCUGGACAAGGAGAAGAUGCUGGAGGGCAGGAAGUCCAACAUUCGUAAAUCCGUGUCCGUGGCCUACCACCGUGCCAUGCAGCAUCGCAGCAAAGUCCAGGGGGACCCGAGCAGCGAAACCAGCGACAGUGACUGAGUACAGGCAACAAGAAUACGUGCCGGGGCCUCGCAAAAGUUGUCAAAUGGACACAACCGCAUAGAGCCCAGCUCCACAUCGUAAACGGCAAUACAACGGUGCAUAAAGCAAAAAGUGUGUAGGGACGUCCUGCCACUUUGGUCCCACGACACACACCUUCAUGCGCACUAAGCUAUAUUUAAUUUGACAUGUAAAAAAAUAAUGUAUUUAAGAGAAUUGAAGAGAAAAAUUAUUACUAACGAUGGCGGAAAAUUAUGUUCCGAAUCAUAAAUCAAAAAUAUUUUAUGUGGUCUAUUAUGUUUAAAACUAAAUAAGUUUACAAAGUUAAAAAGUUUGAUCAGUAUAAGGAGACGCAAAGUCUUCCUAACCACAUCUUUUUUUUCUCACACGUACAACCACACUGUUAUCUUCCAUCUCAGCUGAGAAAUGCAUGUGUUACGUGUACAGUAACUGCACACCCAAUGUGGGGCAAGGCUGCAGAGCCACCAGAACGUAUUUCCAUCAAUCAUUUACCACUCCAAGGAAAGAAGAUAAGAAGAAAAAACUGUUGUUUGUUGAAGAAGCAGAAAGAGGCAACAUGAGCAAAUUAUGUUACUGUAAUUUAUUCCUUUUUGUUAACAGCAUUUCAUCAUGGAAUACUUCAGAUCACUCCAGGUGCACAAGAUAUGUGCCGUGUAGUUUUCUUUUUUUAACGAUUUUGUUAUCAAAUGUACCUGUCACUCUGACCAGUGGUCAAUCAAUAAUGAGGACUGAGAAGAAACACGAUAUUCUCAUUGUCUGUUUUAGUCUCAGUGACGGCUGUAGAUCUUUUGUAUACACAGAUUGCAUAAAAAAAUACAAUUUUAAUAAAAAAAAAGAAAAGAAAAAGAA